CUGUCGUGUGUUCACUAUUUGUGCAUGUCCUUCACACAUCCUAUCCUCGCCCCCGACGUCCAUUCAAUUCGUCGAACAUACUACUGGGACGCUAGAUAAAGACUUUCGACACGUCGAGCGACGGGCGUUUCGCGUUUCGUCUCUUGAGAGCAGACUGGCACAAGGACCCGGCACGUCGGAAAGUACCUGCGCCGCCACCACUCGCAAUCUCUCAAAUGCCACCACCGCAGCGCAUCCACUCAGUGCUCAUGUAACACGACCAGCAUCGCUACCUCUUUUUUGUUGUUCCAGGGAGCCGCAGCAAUCCGGUGCGAAGACCACGAGCGGGCGCCGCCGAAGCCGAGCGCGAGCUGCUCGCUUUCCGUUUUUUUUCUUUCUCGGGUCCGGGUGAGGCGUCGCUGAUACGUGCCCUCAUCUCUCUCUCGUUUCAACCGUACUACGUCCUCGUCUUCGUGACCCCCGCCCCCUUUGCAGCAUCGAUCCCCACGAGCACGCGCGUUACGGGUUGGAAACUCCUCGACGAUGGCGAACAAUGCGGCUGUCAGCGCGGGGAAGAAGACGAAGAACAAGAAGCUGGAUGCGAUUGACAACAACAAGCUCAUUGAGCAGACCAUGGCUCGGUUGGAGCGGGAUAUGCAGGGUGAUCGUGAACAGGAGCAGGAGAUCGAGCGUGAAGUCAAGCGAGCCAUGCGUGAUCUGGACAAAUCCAUGUCUGGUGCCGACCCCAUGCACAAAAUCGAGCAACUGCAGAAGAAGUGCACCGCUCUGUACGCGGAUAUGAAGCGACAAGAGCGCGAGUUGCAGAAGCAGAAGAAGCGCGCCGAUGCGCUGCAGAAGGAGAAGGACAACGCCAAGUCGGAGUUGAGUAAGGCGACGAGCAUGAGGGACAAGCUGGAGAAGCUGUCGAGGGAGACGAACAACGAGAACCGCAAGCUCAGGGCUGAUGUUCAGCGCUUACAAGAUGUGGAGGCCAAGAUGCGCGAAGAACUUCACGAACGACUAGAGUCUAUGGUUCUAGAUGUUGAAGACGUCAUCAAUUCGAGCGAACGCGCUGAGCAGCAAAGCGAAACCUUUGAAACGGACGAGCUCUUCAAGCGCAAGUUCAGAAGCUUCAUCGACCAGUACGAAAUGCGCGAGCUACAAUUCACGUCGCUGAUGCGCCAGAAGGAUCUCGAGAUUCAAGCGCAGCUUCUGAUGCUGGAGCAGCAGCGUAAAGCGCAAGAAAUGGAGUCUUCGAAAUCGCAUCAGCUGACGAGACAGGUAUCAACCUUCAGCCAGACGGAAACCGAACUGCGCAGCCAGCUCAACAUAUACGUUGAAAAGUUCAAACAGGUCGAGGACACGUUGAACAACUCGAACGACCUAUUCCUCACUUUCCGGCGCGAGAUGGAGGAGAUGUCCAAGAAGACGAAGCGGCUUGAAAAGGAAAAUCUUACCUUGAGUCGUAAGCACGAGGCCACGAACCAGAAUAUUCUCAAGAUGGCGGAGGAGAGAACAAGAACGCUCAAGGAGCUUGAGCUGCUUCGCAAGAAAAACGAGAAUCUAGAGAAGCUGUGCCGGGGCAUGCAGGCGCAAGGACGAGGCCAGGUGCAGCCUUUGCCCCCACUCGAGCAAGGCGACCAGGAUGACGGCACGGAAAGCGAGUACGAAGAAGAAUAUGAGGAUGAGGAUAGCGGAGAGGAAUACGAGGACGACGAUGACACUGAGGACGAGAGGCUGCUCGAAGCACAUGCUGCAGCUACGAAGAAGCCUUUUGGGCCAGUGCCUCCGCCAUCAACUCCCACGUCGAACAUGAGUAAUGGAGCCCCAGCAGUGAACGGACGGAAGGGAAGCGGGCAUAUGACAGGGCAGCAGCAGAUGAACGGAAUUCGUGCUUGAAGGGCUAGCAUUUGUUUCGACAUGUAGGGAUUGGAUUUGACGGAAUUCGUUGCUUGGAGAUGCAAGUAUUUGCUUUUCUGCUAUCCACUGCAUUGCAAAUCUUUUUUAACUCGUUGCCAUGCCUCGCCUGUCGAAUCCAAAACAGUCCUUUUGUGAAGCUAAUUUAGCAGAGCAAGGAGCACAAAAUACUGCUAACCAGGACGGCCACUCAUAUGUAAAGCUACAUUGCUUGCAUUCAUGUCGACUUAUGCACCACGUGGUCACCCAAGAUGGGUUCACACCACGACACAGCAUUGGUGAGAGAUGUUUCUCGGAGAGAAGGUUUCAAAGCCUAGUGACCAAGUCAACAUAGGGUCGAAAAGCUCGCUUGCCGUCUCCGUCACCUUUUUUGCUCUAGCUAGCGCUUCUCCUCUAGCAUUGCAAGCAAUUCACCUAUUGUUUUCUCUCCUCUCUGGAAA